CGAGGCGGAGGUGCACCUGCUUAAGUCCAAAAUCCUCACUGAUUCUUCAAAUAGAGCUGGGAAAUCUGCACUGCUGCUCCCACCAACUGCAGACCAGCCCUGUCAGGAGUCAAAUGUUUGAUGAGUCGAUUUGAUUGGGUUGCGACUUGCACUGGAGUGACUCAAACCCAGGCUCGUCACUAUCGGAAGUCCUCCAUGACGCUCUGCCAACUGAACUAUGGGGAUGAUGGUGUCAUAGGAAUUCCUGCAUAGUUUGAGGCUGGAUCACCCAGCCAUGCUAAUAAAAUUCAAACAUGACAAGUGAAAGAGGCACUAAGGUGUGCAAGUCUGGAUUCUGGAGAAAUCAAUGCUUAGAAAGUGCUAAUAGCUGGUCAAAUACAGCUGUGCUUUUUCUGGCCUUUACAGUUAUUCUCCUGCCUGCACCAGGGGUGGCAUUUUUACCCAGUAAUGGCUCUUCACUGUUCAAAUCAAUUUUGGAUUUUGGCCAUUCACUCAUGAACUCAAAACGACUUUUUGAGAGUGCAGUAAUUGCUUCCAAGAAAUCUGCAAAUUAUAUGCACUUUCAUGAUGAUGUCAAAAGCAAAAUGCAAGAGGAGACUCGGAAGAUGUUUUACUUUGGUUAUGACAACUACAUGAGGCAUGCCUACCCCCAAGACGAAUUGAAUCCGAUCGACUGUGAUGGAAGAGGACCAGACGUCGACGAUCCGUCAAACCUGAACAUCAACGACGUGCUGGGCGACUUUUCUCUGACGCUGGUCGACACGCUGGACAUGCUGGCGGUGGUGGGAAACGCCUCCGAGUUUCGACGCGCCGCGCAGCUCGUCAUCGACAACCUCUCCUUCCACAAAAACUCCACCGUGCAGGUCUUCGAGUCCAACAUACGAGUGCUGGGUGCCCUGCUAUCGGCCCACCUGCUGAUCGUCGACCCUGAGAAGCCAUUCGGGGAACUGGACCCGGGCCGGUACGACGGAGAACUGCUCGGCCUGGCGCACGACCUGGCCUCCCGCCUGCUGCCGGCCUUCGAGGAGACGGGUACCGGCCUGCCGCAUCCACGCGUCAGCCUCAGACAGGGGGUGCCUGAGGACGGCAUCCGAGAGACCUGUGCCUCCGGUGCCGGCUCCCUGGUGCUCGAGUUCGGCCUGCUCAGCCGACUACUCGGCGAUCCCGUGUACGAGAACCGCGCACGACGCGCCGUCGAUAUACUGUGGAGCCUGCGGUCACAGGUCACUGGACUCACAGGGAACACUGUGAACGUGGACAGCGGCCGCUGGACCAGCAACCUGUCGGGACUGGGCGCCGGCAUGGAUUCCUUCUACGAGUACCUCCUCAAGUCCUUCAUCAUGUUCGGAAACGCUGAGGACUACGAACGAUUCGCCGAGAUAUACGAUAAAAUCAAAAUAUUUAUGCGGAAAGGGCGAGCGCGCUGUAACAGCGGCACUGGCGACCACCCGAUGUAUGUGAACGUGGACAUGACGAACGGCAACACGCUGACGGCCUGGGUGGACAGCCUGCAGGCCGCCUUCCCGGCCGUCCAGCUGCUGGCCGGCGACGUCGAGGAGGCCAUCUGCCACCACGCGCUCUUCUACGCCAUCUGGAAACGCUACGAGGCGCUGCCGGAGCGGUUCAACUGGCAGCGCCGCCAGCCGGACGUGCUAUUCUACCCUCUGAGGCCUGAGCUGGCCGAGAGCACCUACUUUCUCUAUCAGGCGACCAAAAACCCGUUCUACCUGCACGUGGGCCGCGAACUGGUGGAGAGCCUGAACCAGUACUCCCGCGCGCGGUGUGGGUACGCCACCCUGCACAGCGUCAUCGACAAAUCGCAGGAGGACCGAAUGGAGAGCUUCUUUCUCAGCGAAACCUGCAAAUACCUCUACCUGUUAUUUGACGAGGACAACUACAUCAACCGUAACCCGAUGAAGUACCUGUUCAGCACCGAGGGCCACCUGUUUCCGCUGCACUACGAGCGGUUCCGGAAGCCGUGGGACGCCGAGGAACGGCGCCCGGGCGGCGCCAACGUCACUGACACGUGUUCGGCCAUUCCGCUGGAGAGGAAGCUGACGCUGCCGCUGCGUCAGCCCUACCUGCACCAGCUGUUCCAGGCGGUGGGCGUGGCCACGUGACGAUAGCCCCGCCCCACCCGGGCGGUGGACCUCCCCUGAACCAGUACCUGCAGAGUGGGGGGCGGCACGUGCGGUGAGAUCACGCCCAGGAGGGACGGUUAGCCGGAGUGAUGAUUUUGAAGGACCGGUCUCAGCAAGUGAUACGACUGCAUUGUCGGUAGCGCUAGAGCCCCGUCGGCAGUUCUUGGGAGGCGUUGAUUGGCAGCCCGUGGACAUUGAAGGAGGAAUGCCGGGGAGUUUUGGUUGAUAUUUAUUCGAACGAGAUUUAUUCGAGACGGAAGUCGACGCGCUGGCUGGUGACUGGUUGUAGUGAGGAAGGUUUGAUCGACAGCUCGAUACGAAUCGACCGAAUUCGAGAGGUGCGCACGGUGUGGGACUUGAUUUUGUUUGGGAAGGCACUGUUGUCCAAAUAUGCUGUGUUAUGGGAUUUAUAUUUUUGUUAUUUAAGCGAGAAUGGCAUCCAAUGACGAAGAUUCCGAAAUGGCUAAUCUGUAUGGGGUGACUGUGCACUGCAGUGCUUUGUUAAACAUUUUGUAUUUUACAUCAAACGUUCGCCAAAAAGGUUGGCUCACCUUGUUAUCGUGCCUUGUAUUUAACGAGUGAAUAUAUUCGUACACUAUUUUUGGA